AUGGGGCUUUUGGACUCUGGCUCAGCCAACGGUGAAGCCAACGGUGACUCCAACGGUGACUCCAACGGUGACGCCAACGGCAACUCCAACGGUGACUCCAACGGUGACUCCAACGGUGACGCCAACGGUGACGCCAACGGCGACGCCAACGGCGACGCCAACGGCGACUCCAACGGUGACGCCAACGGUGAAGCCAACGGUGACGCCAACGGUGACUCCAACGGUGACUCCAACGGUGACUCCAACGGUGACUCCAACGGUGACUCCAACGGUGACUCCAACGGUGACGCCAACGGUGAAGCCAACGGUGACGCCAACGGUGAAGCCAACGGUGACUCAAACGGUGACUCCAACGGUGACUCCAACGGUGACUCCAACGGUGACGCCAACGGUGACGCCAACGGUGAAGCCAACGGUGAAGCCAACAGUGAAGCCAACGGUGACGCCAACGGUGACGCCAACGGUGAAACCAACGGUGAAGCCAACGGUGACUCCAACGGUGACUCCAACGGUGACUCCAACGGUGACUCCAACGGUGACUCCAACGGUGACUCCAACGGUGACGCCAACGGUGACGCCAACGGUGAAGCCAACGGUGACUCCAACGGUGACUCCAACGGUGACUCCAACGGUGACUCCAACGGUGACUCCAACGGUGACUCCAACGGUGACUCCAACGGUGACUCCAACGGUGACUCCAACGGUGACGCCAACGGUGACUCCAACGGUGACUCCAACGGUGAAGCUAGCGGUGAAGCUAGUGGUGAAUCACGUUGUGUUCAGUAA